CCGCUGCCGGUGGGACAGGAAAGCUCUCGGCCCCAGUGGACAUCGCAGUGGGGAAGAGGAAGGAAGAUGGAUCUGUUUUGCAAGGGGUGUUGGCCUUUUGGCAGUAGGGGGCUUAUUGUAUGCAGCGGUUCCCCUGGCAUGUCAUGGUGGUUAUCUAGGGACCACUGUGAUUUUUCUCAGUUAUCUCCACCUCUGUUUAAAACCCAGGUUUGAAAGUGUGGUGGUAACUAGCCUUUUAUAUAUAGCUUACUAUGAGGAACAGAAGUUGAGUCAUCUCCUCUGUCUUACAUCCUGCUUUGAGUGCUUUGGGAGUAGAUUUUGCUGUGUGCGUGGCCUCUGAUAAAGCAGAGGAAAGCAGCUAGAAAUAGCUCUUCACAUGUCCCAAUCUGACAUCCUUGCCCCUGGAAGUGAGAUUGAUGUACAUCCAGAGUGCUCAGUGUGCCACCUGGAAGGGGAAGCCUUUCCAUCCUAUGGGUAGAGACAUUGAAAUGGAAACCUUCUGCAGGGAAAAGACCUGGCUGCUGAGGAAUUGAGUUAAUGUGUAGGAGGUAGAACCUGCCUUGGUCCUUCUCUCAGUUUUUGCUUUUAAAGUCUGGGAAUAAUGCUGUGAUAUUGGCCGCUCAUUGAUAUUGGCCUUCUAGAAAUGGCCAGUUAGGAAGAAAUACAGCUAGAGAAACUCCUUUUAGGCUCCUGGUAUGUUUGUAGUAUUUUUCUUGGAAUGCUUGAAACUAUCAGAAUGUUUAGAGGGACACAAUAUGGGAUGCUCAAGUUGAAGUCUGGGGAGAAAAAAAUAUAAAACCAAAAAGACAACUCUUAGCCCUUUGAAGCUGCAUUACAUUUUAGUGUGGCACUAUGUGGGUAGGAAUUGGCAGUCUGUGCCUGGCCAGUUUGGUCAUUUUAAUUCUGUUAAAUGUUGCCCUGACAUGUACCACCUGGUGCUUUCAGGACAAGCUUAAUGCUACUUGGAUUUUUCUCCCCUUUCUUAUGGCUGUAACCAAGAGGCUGACAUGUUCAGCAGUUUGGGAAGGUUUGGCUCCUUUAAGGAGGCCACAAUCAUGUUGGGCACUGGCCACCAGGGUUUAUAUUUGUAGGGGUUCCACAUGUUGGUCUGGAACUUGCCACAUUGCCGAAUGUGCCCCUAGAUCAUCUCUUCCUUCUGAUCUUGUGAGUCAGCAAAGCUGGAGGGGCAAUGGGAAGCAUGGAGCCAUCAGCGUGGAUGUAGGGGGUAGUUGCUUGACUCAGUGUAGCCAGUCAAUACAAAUUGCCUUAAUUUCUACCUGAAGUGUGUUUCUUGUGGUAGAACUGUAUACGGAUGGUAGGAAAAAAUAAUCAGCUUAUUUGAUGGUGGAUUAUUUCAUUUAAGGAGUCCCUUUGUUCUGAUGCCAAGGGAAGAGGGUUAAUGAUGGCUUGCAAUGGGUGUGGUAAGAAGGAGCUUCAAGGACUGCUGCAGCCUCUGGAUGCUGAUCCUGUCCUCAGUGGCAUGGUCCCCUCGUUAUUUUCCUGACCCAUGAUACUGAUGUAUUUCAUAGCAAAUAGCAAUUGCACAUGACUUUAUGUGGCCAUUGGAGUGAUAAGGGCUGGAGGCCUGGCAUUCUUUUUAGGUGGAGUUUGUGUUUCAUUGCUAAUUUUCUCUGUAAAAUUAGCCUGGCCUGUUUUUUUUUUUCCGAAGCCCAUCCAAGCCUUUUGACACUUCCCACAUUAAACUGAAAGCAUUUGUUCAUACAUACCUUUCUUAUUCUGUUCAGAGAGGGAGAAUUGACUUGCGAAUGUGAAUUAACCUGCCUAGUAUUAAUUUUCAGUACUUCACCUUUUUUCUUGUAUUUUCAAUAUGUAUAUUUUACAGAAUGAGUAAUGGAGUCUGACUUAGGAAGUUGUCUCAGUGGUCUGAUUUGUGUUCAUGCUUAAUGUCUAACUUGGACUUGUAUUCGAAGUUCAAGUUGAAGUCUGUGGUUGAAAUGUAGAAGAAAGUUUUCCAGGAGCUGAAGUCUAGUGGCUGAGAUGGUGACAAGAUUUGACUGUCUGUGAACAGGAUCUUGGUGAAGAGCUCUUCCUGGGCUUUAGUUGUUGCUUAGUGCUGUUAAAGUUAACCAGCAGUUAUUCAUGUAAACUCUUCAGAAGAUUCGAGUGUUAUCUCUACAAAAGUGCAGAUAAGCCCUGUUUGUUGUAAGAGUGGAUUCAUAAGAAAUUUAAACCAGUGUGGCUAGUUACAGCUGAGACAGCCAAUUUUAUGGAAGUCAGAGAAGCUGUGCCAGUUCAUGUCAGCAGCAAAUCCCCCUCCCUGAUGUGUGCCACUUUCCUGUACUAUUGGACAAAGAUUCUGCCUGGCUUGUUCAUUGGCAACUUUAAAGAUGCCCGAGAUGUAGAGCAAUUGAGUAAGAAUAACAUUACGCACAUUCUUUCUAUCCAUGACAGUGCCCGCCCUAUGCUUGAGGGAAUGAAGUAUCUGUGCAUUCCUGCUGCUGACUCACCCUCGCAGAACUUAGCAAGGCAUUUCAGAGAGAGCAUCAAAUUUAUCCAUGAAUGCCGGCUCACAGGUGAAGGCUGCUUAGUUCACUGCCUUGCAGGUGUCUCCAGGAGUGUCACACUGGUGGUUGCCUACAUCAUGACUAUCACAGACUUUGGCUGGGAAGAUGCACUGUCUGUUGUCCGUGCGGCGAGAUCAUGUGCCAAUCCAAACAUGGGCUUCCAGAGACAGCUGCAGGAAUUUGAAAAACAUGAUGUUGAUCAGUUCAGGCAAUGGCUGAAAGAAGAAUAUGGGGAAAACUCUUCUCAGGAUCUGCAAGAAGCCAAAAAUCUUCUGAGCAAAUACAAAGAGCAGGCAGAGUUGCAUCAGACUACUGGAGGAAGGCAGUGGAAUAACAACUUCUCAUCUGUGCCAUCACUCUCAUACAGCAACUACACAACAGAGACCUAAUCACAAGAGGUCAAUUUUUUUUCUUUCUACUUUUGCAAAACAUCUUGCCAUGUUUUCCAUCCCAUCUUCCAAGACUUUCAGCAGUGAACCAUGCAAACUGUUGAUUUAUAGAAAGCUUCUUGAUGACAUUAUGUGUGUAUGUGUGUGUAUGAGUGUGUUUCACACAGUUUUGUAAUUCAGGCAGGAUCAAGCUCUGUUUGUGCCCAGAGACAGGAUCCAGUUACUGUGGCUGAGACAGUUUUUUUGCCAGCCACAGCUAUAUCCCCUUCUGCCCACAUUGCCUGGCAUUUACCGUGAGGUUAGCUCAACUCCACUUGUAGGCUAGCAAAGGGCUUGGAGAGAUGAAGUCCGGUGAUUCAAGCUGUGGCAGUUUGGUAUCUCUGCACUAGUAGUGUGGCAAAGGUGUUACUGCACCUGAAGAAGGGAACUCAAGUCUGUGUCUCUGCCGCUCCUGUUCACAAUCCACAGGCGAGUAGUAGGUGGAGGUGGGCGUGAACUUGAAUGCUAGGCUGAAAGCUGGAGCAGGUGAGAUGAGGCCCAAGUACCUUUCCCCCAGCAGUGGCAUCUAGGAGAGCAGUGGGACAGACAGCUCUGAGUAAUAGCACCUUCAGCCGCCACAGUUGUCUUUGCUUCAGUGCCCAUGAGACUGAGCUGUCGGCAGAGCUGCCACAGACCAAGAGCACCCAGGCUGUUACCACAGCUCGGCUGAUGUGCAGUGAUUUAAUCCGUGGUCCCUUGACUGUGCAUCUGGUCUCCCAGCAUCAGCUUUUCUGGAGAAUAGUUUAUCAUGAACUUCAUUCCCCACGGAACACGUGCCUCUUCAGCACACGCCCCUGCGCACACGAUAACGCGUCUCCAAAGAGUGGGCUCGGUGUGAGUGCAAGCACCUGUUUCUUUGCUUGUGCUGUGGUUUGCUCUUUGACUUCAGCUACCUCAAAAAUGCUGUUCUUGUCAUUGUGGUUGUAAAUGCAACCUUGAAAAUUGCCUUGUGUAAUCUUAAUCUAACACUGAGUGAAGUAAGUGGGUGUGUGUGUGUGCGAGAAUGUGCGUGUGCAUGUGUGUUUCACAAAUGUCUGUAGUUGAGAAGUUUAUUGUUUUCUUUUAAAAUUGCCCAUGUUUCUCACUGAUUUAAAGACUGAGUUGUUGGAAUUCCAACUUUCCUGCCAUUUAAGCACCACUGUAUGUUUUGCUGUGAUCAGAUUUAUAGGAAUGAAUUUGUACAAUAUAUUUUAAACUACGUUGAAACUAGGGGCCAUACCCUGCUCUUGGUAAUGUUGUGUGUUUCUGGAAUGGAGCCAUUACCUGACUCAAGCAGCUUGUAAGACUGUAACUUCAAAUAUGUCAGUAGGGAUGCUGGGCAGUAUUGAUUUCUGAUGUUGUAAUAUGGGGUUGCCUUGAUACCAAGAUCAUGAUUUCUUGUCUUUGACUUGGAGGAUGGAAGGCCCAUUUUUCUUGAAGAUUCUAGAAAAUAAAAAAUGCUCCCCAAACAGUAAAGAUAGAAAACUAAAACCAAGCCCUUCAUUUGUUCAAAUGUGGUGUAUAUCAUGCUAAAAACUGAGCACUGAGUGAGAAGCAAUCAGCAUACUAAAUAGACUGUUGUGUCUCUUUCAAUUUCUUUGGUAUUAUGGCCUCCCAUGCCUUCACAAGAUUCCUCUUUGUGUGAUUUCCUGCUUGCAGGUAGCAGUGAAUUCUUUGGAUGGGAGCAAGGCUUUUGGAUCAAGUAAACUCUGGCUGUUAAAUAUCUGUUGUUAAGUAUCUUAAAAAAAUAUGUUAUGGCUUGUGAAAUACGGGUCAUGCAUAUCAAUAAUUGCCUAAAAGGACAAAAGGGAGUGGGGUGGAACUGACCUAUCCAUUUCAUCUAAGGUGAAGCGUGCAUCAGGGUUCUCAUUGCACUAAGUGCUUUAAGUGUACUGAGUAUGAUGAGAGCAGAAUCAUCAUAUCUUUGUUACAGUAAGGGAUGUUGCUGGGUUUGGGAAGAGUGCUGGAACUUGUUCUCAAGCUUGCAGCUGAAUGAACCGCUGCCUGUUUGGUAUAUGCAGCAGUUGCUGUGUGAUUGCCUGGUAAGAGAGCUACUUAGCUGUUCCUGAAGAUGUUGAUCUGCAAAUAAUUGUCUGCUUAACAAUUCCAGCCCAGCAGUGUCAAUGUUGGCAGUCUCUUCUGUGCUGUGAGGGCAGAUGUAAUAAUUGGAAAAUGUUUUCCUCGGUAACAGGGUCUGACACACAUUCAGGAUGCAGGUCCAUUUGUUCAACCCUCUACUCAUAAUAGGAUACGUAGGGCAGCAUCAGCCCAUCAAAGGGCAGCUUUGUUUGAAGUAUUCUGCCUAUGGUCUUGCAGAUAUCCAGCCAGUCCAUCCUGUAGCUGGCUGCCAACACUGUGUAUCCUAUAAAACUCCUGGCACUCUUGUCCUUUCAGUAGUACUACUGUGGGUGCUGGUAAGUUGGCAGUUCUUCUACUGUUCUCACACAUACGGUGUGAGAACAGGCAGAAUGGAGAGAUAUCUUCACAAGGCAGAAUGGGAGAUAUCUGUUAAUUUCCAUGUGUCCAAGAUUAGUCUGCACUGUUUUUUUUAAAUAGUUUUAUUAUCUCCAAAGAGUCGGUCUCCUGAACAGGAUUUUUUUGGAACUGAGUUUGGCUUAAGGGCCAUAUAGCCACGUGAGUGCGUUAUGCUGCAGCUCCAAAGCAGAUACAGGGUAAGCUGGGAAGACGGAGGGAAUGCCUUAUUGUCAGUGAGUGGAAGUGCUUCUCUCCUUUUGAAAGGCAGAAAGGGGUAUUUUCUGCAGUCUCUGCCUUCAACAUCUUGUGUAGUGGUCUGUGUGUACUCCAUACUGCAGGUGUGAGAGCAGUGUAAGAGCAACAGCAGUCUAAGGAAACUUGAAUCUGGUUUGUCCAUGUAGUGAGUAGAAUGAUGGUUUACUCCCUAAUUACCACAGGUGCAGAAGAGAGAGCUACAGUUCUCACCUUUAGCCUUUUAGAGAGGGAGAGGAGCUAACACGGACUGAGAAUGUGACAUGAUUUGUCUUCCAAACAGCCUUUCAGUGGCAAUUUGUAGGACUUUCCAGCUAUCUGGAACGUGACUAGACCCAACUCACCUCUUAAUAGUUGACCUUUGUAGUGUAGAUGAUGCAUUCAAUUAUUUUGUUUCUGUACUUCAAAACACUGUCCUCAUUUUGAUGUUCACUGGAAAAUGUAUAAAAUUUAUAACACCUUAUUGGAUAUCCAGAUUUUAAAUGUAUAAUCAAUUUUUUGGGGCUGAACUUGAUAUCCAUGUGUGAUUAUAAGCAAAUGUCUAGUGUUAUAGAAUGUAGGUAAUGGGUAAAUGCAUUAAUAGUAUUUAUUACUGUUUUUUAACCUGGAAAAAGUUGCUUCCUUCCAUUUUGUGGUUGAGUGGGAAGAUAUGGCAAAUCAUAUCUGUUUUAUAAAAGGGAUAAUAACUUUGGUUGCUAUAAUGGCCACCACUAUAAAGAUGUCAGUGAAAAAUUAUAGCAAUUAUUCCACUAGUUUAAAAACUCUAAAUCUGGUAAGCUUCUUGAUUCUCUGUCUUCCUCUUCCUGGGCAUCUUAGCGAAGCCUUGAUUGCUUUUUCCAAAUGUUUGUAUUUAAUACGUUCUACAAUUUUUUUAUAAAUAAAAUUAAAUGUUAACACCUGA